UUUCUGAGCAUGCUCAUUGUGUAACUUCCUACUCGCUCGCGGAAUGCGAAGAGUAAACUGACCUUAGGAAGUAAGAAAAAGAAUAUCCGAAAAGGAGUGUAUGGGGAGGGGAAAGGGUUAGUUUCAGAAAGAAAAGAGUACUGAUUUUUUUUUUUUGGUUGCAAACAUGCGGGACCGGACGCAAGAAUUGAGAGCUGGCCUUCCUGAUGUUUCCAAAAUAAACAGUUCGUCAAAAAGCAAAGAAGAGGAAAAGCUGCUUGAGCCUGACUCUGAACUAAUCGAUGAUAUCUUCCUGCAGGUGCGGGAGAUUAGCCAGGAAAUUGAUCUGAUCAACCAGAAAGUUAAAGAGCUAGAGAAGGAACAACUCAAAAUAUUGAGCACACCUUUGCCCGAAGAUGCGGCAAAACAAGAUCUGCAGCAGUUACGUGAUGAGAUUAAGAACUUGGCCCAAAACACCAGGAGUAAACUGCAGGCAUUAAAACUAAGUGAUGAAGAAGAACAGAAGUGUGCCACAGAUAUGCAGAUCCGCAUGAAGAAGACGCAGUAUGGUAUCUUGCGCCAGAGGUUUGUAGAUGCAGUGAAUAAAUGCAGCACUUUACAGGCCCAGUACAGAGAUCGCAAUGUGGAACGAAUACAGCGGCAACUGAAAAUCACUGGGGUUAAUGUGACAGAUGAGAACCUGGAGGACAUGAUUGAGAGCGGAAAUGCUGCGGUGUUCACAUCAAAUAUUCUGACAGAUACAAGAGCUACUAAGCAAGCCCUGAAUGAGAUUGAAUCCCGGCAUGAAGAAAUCCUGAAACUGGAGAAGAGUAUCCGAGAGUUGCACGACAUGUUUAUGUACCUUUCCAUGGAAAUAGAAGCUCAGGGAGAAAUGGUGAACCGAAUUGAAAGUAAUAUCUUGGAGUCUGUGACCCAUGUUCAAAAAGCUUCAGAACACACACACAAGACUGUGAAACUGCGAAAGAAGGCCAACAAGAAGAAGAUCGCGAUUAUCGCAUGUAUUUGCAUCACCGUGGUCAUCCUUGCAGUGCUCAUAGCAAUCUUCGUUAGAUGAGGUCAGCCUAGCCUCAUGGGGCUUCCCUGCUUAUUUGUUUUUACCUCACCAGUUUCCUGGAACAGUACCUUGUCCCCUGUAUAGAGUGAAGAUGGAACGGUGAGAUCUGGAUAUUUCUUUGUUGCCUUUCGUGUGAGUAAUUUUGGCAUCCAGUUGUUUUCUACACUGUGGAAGAAUUUCCAGCUUACCAUCCCUUCAGCCUCCAGGAGUGACGACUUUCCAUCCCUUCAUCGUUUAUAGCUGACAAGAGGUUUUUUCACCUGGUUCCUGUUAUCAGUGAUCCAGAAGUCAUGCACUGCUGAUGUAUUUAUGUUAACCGCCCCCCCUCCGGUAGAUGGUUCUAUUUUUUCUGCCUAUUUCACUAAUCAGAUGUGCUCCACAUUUGAAGGGAAAUCACUGUGCCUUGUGGAAAGUGAAUUAGUUCUGGACUUUACAAGCAUAUUUUCUUUUUACCAUUCACUGUUGGAUGGAUGCCUUAAAGGUAAUGUCUUCCUUCUGCUUGCGUAGCACUUUUGAAGUGUCUUCAUACUUAUUUUGAUAAACACUGUUUCUUCUACAAGUGUGGAAAUACAGAUGUAUGCACAUGUUGUCCUAUCACUUUAAUUAAGACAUUUUUUAUAGGAGAGGUGUUUUAAUAUUUAAAUGUAUUGUUGGGUAUCAUGUGAACUUUUCUUCCCGAAGAAAGCUGUAGAAAUUUUUAGUUCAUUUAUUAAUUCAUCCAUUUUGCAAUAACUGCAUCCAUUUCAUGGUUGUGGGAAGCUGAAUUUUCUCCCAGCACUAAAUGUGGGCACAAGACACAGAGAAACUAAUUUUGGACAUGCCAACAAGUUCUUUUGCAGAAUUUUGUGGACAAUCUGAAUUUAUUUACAUUUUUUUACUGCCAUACUGUGUAAAUGCAUGAGAGAGAUUCUUUGAAGAGCUAGCUAAUUAGGUGGCUGUCACAUAUGUCUCAGCCACUGUAUAACCACUCGGUGAAAUAACUCCUGAUUUUGUCUUUCAUUUUCAUCAUUAAUGCUUGUUUUAUCAGCGAUGCACUGUAUACUUAAUUGUAGCAGCUUUUUCAUUGUGCAUGUCUUUUAAGAUUCCUUGUUUUGUGUGACGUAAGCAAUGUUUGCCACACUGUUAAGUGUGGCUACUGUAUUUUCAUAAGCAGAUUACUUUAUCACUCAUUUAUAACUUUCAGGUAAUUCAAUGCUUAAUUUAGUACCAGUAUGUAUUUUGUUUGCUUCUAUUUGCUGAAGUAUGAAAAAUGUUUUGUAUUAUGUUCUUAGGGAGCUUCACUUUUCUCAGGAAAAUCAGCUGUUCCCUAUUUGUUGGCAGCCAUACAAAUUAUUAAAACAAUGAAUCAUGUCAAGCUGCAGUUAAGGCGCAGAGGCUUUAUAAAAAGGGCACUGGCAGUGAAGUCAAACUUCUGAGACCACGCCUAAAGAGAAAAGAUCUUAUCAGCUGUGGGAAAUAUACAUGCUAGAUCACAUGUGAGAUGAGUAUUCUUACUUUUAAUGCUACACCGUAUAAAAUGUCUUCACAUUCUGUAAUGGGUGAGAAUAGAACAUCUUCCCAUGUUAUUUGGUUAGGGAUCCCUUAGUGUACAUGUCCUACUCACGCUGUUAAAGGGCAUGUCUAUUAAAAGCAGAACCAUCCGGAACUGUAUGUCAUAUGAUACCAUGAAUUGUUAAGAUAUUGUGUAUUAGUGUUGUGCUUUAACUCACUAACAGGAGGUCACAGAGGCCCAAUAUUUCAUUAUAUAAUGACUUAUAAAGGGUCACUGGACGUCUUGAAUAUAUGUGUAUUCUUUAGAGAGUUUUUAUUUUUAUUUUUGUAUUUGUGUUUUCAGAUAUGUUGUAAAUAGUUUCUGAAGCAAUCCCUGCACUGUUUCACCAGAACGGCCAUAUGGUGUGCCCUUCCACGUGGCUGUGAAAACAGUUGCUGCACAGUUUAUUCACUUUUCUGUGCAUUCACUAGUAAGUAGGACCAGGCACAGAGGUCAUUAUGAAGAUGUGUAGCUUCCUUUAUAUCUCAAGUUAUUAGAAUACAUUUAAUUUUUUUACAUCAGCCUGUCAGUUGACUUUAUGAGACUGUGUGUGUGUGUGUGUGUGUGUGUGUGUGUGUGUGUGUGUGUGUGUGAGUGAAGUUGCCAGUAUAGUUUGGAUACUCAAAAGCUCUGCUGAUUUGACAAUCCAUGGUUGGUGGUCAUAAAGAAAUUCGCAAGUAUUUUAGUCGAAAGGAGAUUCUGUUUGAGUGAGUACUGCACUGAUUAUACCAGUUGCUUCAGGGAAGUUUGAUCUCCCUUUCCUCUCCAGUCAGUUUGACUCUGACAUCUGAACCCACUGAUGUGUACAGCAGUGCAUUUAAAUAUGUAAAAAAUAUUAGUUCUGGAAUUUGUGGGCUUUCAAAGCAGGAAAUGAUUGGUGAUGAGUAGCCAGUGGACUAUCUUGAUGAGUACCAUGCUGCUUUUGUAGGUGUAUGUAUUACUUGGCUUGCUUCUGAGUGUGUGGACUUCUUGAUGGUCACCAACUGUCUGAAACGUAUGCCCAUGUUUGGCUGGCAUCUCACUGCAAAUGCAUAAUGGUCAUUGUACUUGAAUAAACAUGCUGCAAAUAUUUAGCAGGUAUUUCCAUUGAACUGACAGAACUGGGGUUGUUUCUCCUUUUUUAAGGGAAUUAUGCAGAGGUGACUGCUGUUUAAUUCAGGAAGAUACCUUUGCCUUUGCAUUACAUGCUGAACUGUUAUGGACAUUUGUAUAUUUAAAGUCAUUAUGUCAUCACAAUAAAAUGAAUUACUUAAUUUAA